GCCCUGACUGUGGCUGAUAGCUGAAAGUUACUCUGUGAUUUCAAAUACUUCUCAAUUUUUCAACGAUCUUUUUCUAUUUCAUUGUUUAAUUUAUUUGCUUUCAAUAACUACUAAGGUUUAAUUCAAUUAAUUACUAUGGGAGACUCGCUGUUUGAUAUCUUCGGUGACCAUAUCACGAGGCAAACUGUGAAAAAUGUCUCGCGCCAACCGUUAUCGAACGUCGAGAACAUGGGCAAAACGAGUUCGAGCGGUCCCUACAAGCCUAACGAGCCAGCGAAACCGUCACAAAAGAAAGGAGAAGUGAAAAAGUCGUUUCUUUCAAACACUGGCAAAGCCUUUCAGAGCACCCCUCUGCGCCAGGCGUUCACCCCGCGCGCGGUCAACGUCGGGUCCAUGAUCUACAGCGACGCCGGCGAACAGGAAACCCAAGAUAUCAACCUUGAGGAGCUGGAGUUCACAAAACCUUCAUAUAAAUUAGAUAACUACCACACUGAUAUAUUUGACUACUGGGCGGCCCCACUGCCCCCACAGCUGGAGUCUCCGGCACCGAGGACCCCGAGCCCAGCGGGCAGGAGACACAGCCUGGAGUUCAACUGCUCAUACCAGGAUGAGUUCUUCACAGAUGAGUUUUCCAAUGAUGCUUUUCCUGAUUCUGAAGAUGACCUGCCACCAUUGUACUGAAGUCAUAGGACGCGAUUUCUGACUGACAUAGUUUGUAAGAGUUGUGUGAAAGUUGGUUCAUACAAUGUUAUGUGAUAAACCCAUAAUCUUUCAUGCUGUAUAUAUGUAUGAAAUGUUUUAAAUUUUAUGAUAUUUAGAUUUGUGCAUUCUCUUUAAAAUGAUUAUGAUAAAUAAAUAACUUGAUUUUUAAUA